GUAAGAUGACAGGCAUUGUAUCGCUUAAGUUCAUUCGAUAGAUUGAUCGAUGAUAAACAUUCGAGAAGACUAAUUUCUUUUUCUUGUUUAAUUUCUUGUUUGUGAAUAGCAUAUAGUGUAUAACAUAUGUGUGCGCGUAUGUGUGUGCGCUCGCGCGCUCGCGCGAGCGUGUGUGUGUACAUAUUCACUUAAUCGUAGUUGACCAACGGACAGUCAGUCCGUACAGUUUUCCUGUGUUUCGUGCGUGGUGAAAAGUUAAAAAAAUCGAAUAAUUCUUCUGGAACUUGUUAUUCUGAAACAAGUACAAUUUAAUUGUGAUUUGCUCGUUUGUGUAGCAAAUUUGUGCCACUUAAUAUUAGGAAAAUGAAAACGAGUUAUUUGUUUAGAACGAAAAGUAACGCCGAUUCAAAUAAAAUUGGUUUAAAUUUAAUGCUUUGAUCCGACGACUUUAAUCGUAAGAAAUUGAACCAAGAAUUUCCGUUAUUGUACUGAAACAGGUUUAUACUCGCCUUUUUCUUUCGCUUUCUCUUUCCAUCCUCUCAAUUCGUGCAACGUGUAACAGCAUACAUCUACAAUCUGCAGUAUACAACUAUAAAUCCCUCGUCGUCGUGUUGUCUCGCCUUGUGUUGUCGUUCUAUUGGGGUUCAUGCUAGACUUUCCCUUAUGUAACUUCGCAGAACAACGCGAAAGGUGUUUGAUUCUUAAUAAUAGUAGCGGAAUUGCUAAAGAAUAUUUUGUCACUUAUGUAAUAGGAUUUUAUGAAUUUUAUCGGAUCGUUGAUUGUAAACCUUGCUUUCUUUCUAGAAAUUACAUUACACGGUUGCCCUCUCAUCUCGCUUUCCACUUACGUGCCUAUUACAUAUUAGCCAAACUAGCUUUUCUUUUAUUUAAUUACCAUUUCAUUUAUCGCUAAGAACUUGUCAACAAUAACGAGUCUGUUAAUUCUUGUAUUUGAUACACAUUCUUCUAACGACACUGCGCACACCACAACUAAUAAUUAAUUAAUCGUCUAAUUAAACUGGGAGUCAGAAUCUACACCGAGAUUAUCUUGUCUAGAAAACUGUUUUGUUUUAGCAUCUACAACGUUUUAUUUUUCAAAAACAAAUCUUUAAUCUCGAUUAACUUGAAUAAGUUGAUCAGUUUGGUUUUUGUGUAGCUCAAAUAACAUUUGGCGCGUAAGAUCAAUACAAUUUCGACAAUCAAACUCAAAUUGCAUAAUAUAAUACAAUAUUUAAAAUAGUAUGAACAGUCAACGAGAAAAGCUCAACAACUCCCUCCGCGUGCGUAUCAUUCUCUUUUUCAUGCGUAAGAUUUACGUGUAUAUGUAUGUACGAGUAUAAGACAACAAAUACGAAAAGCCAUAUAUUCUCUCUAAUGUAUUAGUUGGCAUAUACACUAGCGUUUUCCUCCUCUAGUCCAUUCGAAUUAAUAUUUUUUCAGGAACAAAUUGAUAGUAAAAAUAUUCUUGCAUAUUAUAUAAAGCGGCUUUGAAACAAUUUUCCCCCGAUGCUUUAUAAAAGAAAUACCGAUUAAACGAAAAAAAAACACAACCUUUCUUCACAUAUCGUUUUAUACCUUAAACGCUAUUUGUUGUACAUGAAAAAGUUUCAGUAGAAAGUUGUGAGUUAAUAAAAUUAUCUGUAAAAUGGGACUCGUUGCGAAAAAGUAUAUUUUUCAUAAAUCAUUUAUAACUUUAGUUAAAGUUGUCGUGCAGUAUCAAGGCUCUGUGAGAUAAAGAGCAAUACCUCUUUAACGUUUUCGAGGUUAUAGUUUCGACUUUGGAAUCAAAAUUACAGCGCAUUGAAAAUUUGGACAAAGCGGUGGAACACUUGAUGAGAAGAGUGGAAGCUUUGGAUUCGCGCGUGAAUGAUAAUAUCGAUAAAACCGAUGCAGUUAUUACAAAGCUACGAACCUUAGAUCUAAAACUUUUCAAUUCUCAUCAAAUUGAAUUUUCUUCAACUGAAUCUGCAUACUCGACAAAAAGGAGCGAUGAUAAAAACGACAGUGAAAUCAGAAGCGGUUCGAAAUUACAAGCAAUCCAUCAGAAGCGAGAAAAUCCAUCAUCAUCAUCAUCCGAUUUCACUCUUGGUGAAAAAUUAUUGUCGCUUGAUCAAAAGGUAUCGGAUAUAGAUAAUAAAUUGAUCGAUUUGAAACAUCAAUUGGAUAAUAACUUGUUACAAAAUGACGACAUAAACGCCGAAGCCAGCGAAAAAAAGCCAGUCAGUAUGAGCGUAAUCGAAAUCACUAAAGCGAUGAGUAACGAAGUAAUAAAUCACAUUACGAUCGAGAUAGAAAAUUUAAGGCAAGCAACCAACAAUAUGGACAGAAAGUUACAGUUUCACGUAAACUUGGUUUCCGAUCGUUUGGGAACUAUUUACAACAUGAUGAGUGACGUGCACGAUGCGAUAUUAGUGAGAGGAAGUACGAACGGUCGACCGGCGUUCAACGUUACAACAACAACGACAACCACCGAGCCGCCACCACCGAGGCAGAGUAAAAUCGAUCGACUCGUCGAACAAAUAUAUCCAAUGUUGACUGUAUCGGAGAAAAUGGAUGAAGUUUGGAACGUCGUGGUUGGCACGAAAAGUUCCGUGGACGAUCUCUUGCCAAAAUCCGAUGAAUUACUUACACAAACGCAAAGACAAGAAAGAGCGAUCAGUGAAAUUCAUGCGGAUUUAAGAUCGAAAACGAAUAAGAUUAUCGAAAAUUUAGAAGGAGUGGAGAAUAGACUUCGAAAGCAGGAGGACGACGUAGCUAGUCUUGCUCAGCGUCCAAUACCUGCGGAAUUGCUGCUGGAUCCCACGAUCGAUCGCCUUGUCGAAUACGACUCCAAUAGAUACGUUGGACUCUCUGAUGACAUUGCAGUUGAAACAACCGUUUCACCGGUCAAUCCGACUACCAUCGUUUCGUCUGUGUCGAUGUCCAUGUCUUCCUCGACCUCGUCGAACGCCGUAUCGAUCAAUAAUUUCAUUAAUUCAAGCAACAUAGCUGGUUCCACAAAUUUCUCCAACUCAACAGCCAGUCCUUCAAUAGGCCCCCCAUUAUCCCCGAGUUCGCAGCGAUCAUCGUCUAAAAAUCGUGGUGUUAUAUUUCCAAGUGUCAAAAACAAACCAAGUCCAGCAAAUUCGACCUUUACCACCGAUGCAUUCCUUAAUUACAAAGAUGUUAAGGGCUAUUCAUGUGUUGAUUUGUUAAAUGCUGGCAUGAGAGAUAGCGGUGUCUAUUACCUUCAAAUUCGUGGAACAACCUAUUGGUUUCUCAAGGUUUAUUGCGAGCAGGAUAUCGCCGAAGGAGGUUGGACGGUUAUCCAAAGAAGAGACGAUUUCGGCGAGCCAAGAGAAAAUUUCAAUCGUGAUUGGGCUGAUUAUAAAAACGGUUUUGGCGAUCCUGCUCGAGAGUUUUGGCUUGGCAACGAAAACAUAUACAUGUUAACUAACAACGAAGAUUACAUGCUUCGGGUGGAACUCGAAGAUUUCGAAGGUAACAAAAGGUACGCACAGUACUCUCACUUCAAAAUCUAUUCAGAAGGAGAAUAUUAUAAAUUGGAGAUUGACGGUUACGACGGAAAUGCCGGUGACUCAUUAAACGAUCCGUGGUACGGUUCGAACAAUAGUCCGUUUUCCACGUACAACAGGGACAACGAUAGGUCAUCGUUGAACUGCGCUUCCAUGCUAAAAGGCGGAUGGUGGUGGAAAUCGUGCGGACGAGGAUUGAACGGUCUUUAUUUGAACGAUCCUCAGGAUUUAACCGCUCGACAAGGUAUCGUAUGGUUCCGUUGGAGAGGUUGGGAUUAUACUUUGAAACGUGCCACGAUGAUGAUUAAACCAAAAGGACCAACAACAGCAAUGAUAUAGACGAUUAUAACGAUAUCAUAAUAAUAAUAAUAUUAAUAAUAAUAACAAUAAUAAUAAUAAUAAUAAUAAUAAUAAUAGAAAAAUGUUUUCUAGAAGAAUCGCGCUACGUCCGUAAUGCUCGGUACGAUAACGGAUGACGUCGUUUAUCAGUUACCAAAUAUACAUAUACACGUGUAAGAAUGUUUGGAAAUGUCGAAUGAGAAAACAAUCUUUUACCGAUUAUACGCUCGUUCUCUAUUUUUCUUUAUUAAAUACAUUUUUGUCUCUUACUUGCUUUGAUCCCGUUCUGAUCAAUAAUUGAAAACGUACAAAACGAUUCGUGUAAAUUUUCCUUAAAUUGAAGAUAUUAAAAAUAUAUGCGCAUUAUAUAUGUAUAUGUGAAGAAUGGGCGAUAUAAAGUACGAACUCCCUAUGA